GAUAUGUUAUUUCACGACAUAUUUUUUGUCUAAUUUCUCUUCUUUGAAACAUAAGAUUCAAUGGGCGGGCAAAGCCAAUAAUUAAAAGGAAAAAUAAAAAUUUAUCUUUUUGUUUGUUAAUUUAUCUUGUGUGUAUUGAUUUGAGUUAAGGAAUACAACGUCACCUAGGUUCACCACUAAAAACCAGAGAGCGAAAAGAAAUUAAAAUGCUAAGGAAUUCACUAAAAUUAUUGCAAAAAACUAAUUGUGGUAGUCGCCUACUUCCCAACAAUGUGUUUCGCUUUGUUGACAAAAGAACUUUCAGUAGUCUACAAAGAAUCCAGGAAUGUACGUACAGGAAAAAAACUCCGAAUUAUUUAUGCCAGUGUCGCAAUAUGUUUAUACAGACACAAGAUACUCCUAACCCUAAUAGUCUGAAGUUUAUGCCCGGGACUAAGGUUUUAGAACCAGGACAAACUAUGGAUUUUCCUAAUAUUGGUGCAGCACAAUGUAGCCCUUUAGCAAAAAUGAUUUUUAGAAUUGAAGGAGUAAAAGCUGUUUUCUUUGGACCUGAUUUUAUAACUGUCACUAAGCAAGAUGAUGAUGUGGAGUGGAAAAUUUUAAAGCCAGAGAUAUUUGCAACUAUAAUGGAUUUCUUUGCUAGCGGUCUCCCUGUUGUGACUGAUGCAAAGCCAUCUGGAGAUACACAAAUUAAUGAAGAUGACGAUGAAAUUGUACAAAUGAUCAAAGAGCUACUCGACACACGUAUAAGGCCAACAGUACAAGAAGACGGUGGUGAUGUACUAUUUGUAGAUUUCAAAGAUGGAGUGUUGACUCUUAAGAUGCAAGGAUCGUGUUCAUCUUGUCCUAGUUCAAUAGUUACACUGAAAAAUGGAGUACAAAAUAUGAUGCAGUUCUACAUCCCCGAGGUGUUAGCUGUGGAACAAAUUGACGAUGAAGGUGAUAAAUUAAGCGAUAAGGUUUUCAAAGAAUUUGAACAACUUAAAUCCAAAGAGAAAAAGGAUUGAAUUAAUGUUUUCCACCAGUGAGCGUGGUGCAGUCGUGAGUAUAGGAUUGUAAUUAAAAAAUAAUGUAUAAUAGUGUAUAAUAUAAUCUCAACAUUUUGUCAUAGACAAAAAAAUCAGUUCUAAAACUGUAUGUGAUUUUAUAGUUGUAUAUUUUUUCUGUAAAUAAAACAAUUGUUUCAAUCAAGACUUAA